GGCGGUCAUGGCUGCGCUGCUGAGCUCCGCCGGGCGCCUGCGGGCGCUCUGUCCACGUCUGCUGCCCCUCCUCCGCCCGCCCGCUCCCGCCAGUAGAAACACUGUGCACCAAAUACGGUUCCUUACGGUUGCACCUCAGCAGGAGGGAAGUGUUAAAGAAGAACCAGUUUCAGAAGUUCCAACCCGGCGGACAUGGCAGUUUGACUGGGCAUUCAACAAACUGGAUAACUCUGUCAGAAAAACUGGCCGCAUCCCUAAGAGUCUCCUACUAAAAGUCUUUGAUGAAAUUUGCAAAACAGGGAGUCCAGGGAGUAACCAGACCUUGCUUUUGUUGAGAAGUUGUGGUGCUCUUUUACCAGAGGUAUUGUCACCUGAAAGAACAGAACUAGCCCAUGUGAUAUGGGACAAGAUGAAAGAACUGGGUGCUGUGUAUGAUACAAGCCAUUAUAAUGCUUUGCUUAAAGUCUACCUUCAGAAUGAGCACAAAUUUUCUCCAACUGAAUUCUUGGCCAGAAUGGAGGAAGCCAAUGUGCAGCCCAAUCGAGUUACAUACCAAAGGUUGAUUGCUGCUUAUUGCGAUGAGGGUGACAUUGAAGGAGCAAGUCAGAUUCUUGGGUUUAUGAAGAACAAAGAUCUUCCAAUCACUGAGGCAGUAUUCAGUAGCCUUGUGAAAGGUCAUGCAAGAUCAGGAGAUAUUAAGAGUGCAGAAAAUAUCCUUUCUGUGAUGAGGAUGGCUGGUGUGGAACCAGGUCCAGACACCUAUUUAUCACUGCUGAAUGUGUAUGCUGAAAAGGGUGAUGCUGACAGCAUGAAAAAGACUCUAGAACAGAUUGAGAAGACUGAAGGGUACCUUAUGGAUAGGGUUUUGAUGCAGGUGAUUUUUAGCCUCGCCAAGGCUGGGUAUCCUCAGUACAUUGAAGAUAUCAAAGAACGCAUAAGAUUUGAGAAGGAUUUAAUUCCAGAUGCAAUGAACCUGUGUUUGACUCUGAUAACUCAUGGCUUCGAAGAUAUAAGUUUCCGUAUUUUGAAGUCUUUUACCAAUUUCUCACGUGAUAAUGUGGACCAGGGUAGCUUCUUCUUGCAACAUUGUGUAAACAGAGAUAUGCCAAUGAACAAGCUGAAGCAGUUUUGUAAGGAGUUACAAGAAGAAAAAAUACACUCGGCACCACUGCCAUUUGUUUUGCGUUGCGCUUUGGAGGCCAACAAAGCAGCCUUAGCCAUUGACUUGAUGAAGACGAUGAAAAAGGAAGGCCUGCCACUCAGACCUCACUAUUCCUGGCCGCUGCUGGUUAGGUUCCAUAAAGAGAACAAUCUUAAAGGUACCUUUGAGGUCCUCAAAGUGAUGCACGACUUGGGGGUGGAACUUGAUGCGGAUACAUAUGCAGACUAUGUUUUUAAGAAUUUUGCUGAUAGUGAAACUGCCCGUGCCCAGCUGAAGAAAAAUGGCUGCCUAUUUGAAAGUCAUGGGCUCUCUGUAGCAGAAAUAAGAUACGAAGCAGUAAAUGGAAGACUGAACAAUGUUCUUUCUCUGUUGACUUCAGCAAGCACGCCUCCUAUUGAUAUUCGUCAGAUCAGGAACAGCCUCAUUUUGGGUUUUAGAAGCUCGGAUGAUGUACAGCUCUGGAGCAAGAUAACAGAAGUGUUGUACAAGGAUGAACGUUAUUGCCUGAUGCCUGCAGCAGGACCAACUGAAGCUGUUGGCUAUUUUCUUUAUCACUUGAUUGACAGCAUGAGUGACUCAGAGGUACAGGCCAAGGAGGAGCGUUUGAGACAAUACUUCCAUCAGCUGAAGAAGAUGAAUAUAGCUAUCCCUACAACCCACUACAGCGGCAUUUGCAGACUGCUGGACUCCUCUCAAGUUCCUGAAUUAAUUAAGGAUGCAAGAUUACUGUGUCAUAAAAAAAUCCUGCCUACAGACAACAUUCCAGAAAGUGUUAAACCUGACGUGUCUGCUUUGGAGAAGAAACUAGAAAAGCAGAAAGCUGAAAACCAGCCUAUUACAGAUGUCUUGAAACAACUCAUACAUGCUCUUUGUGAAGAAGAGAAUAUGCAAAAAGCCCUUGAAGUGAAAGCCAAAUACGAACCGGACAUGGUUGUCGGUGGCUAUGCAGCCUUAAUAAAUUUGUGCUGUCGACAUGAUAAUGUAGAAGAGGCAAUGAACCUGAAAGAAAAAGUCUUCCCUAAGAAUUCACCUGUUGCUCUCGACACUCAAAAGUACAUAGCGCUGGUAGAAGUCUUAGCAAAGCAUGGUAGACUAGAAGAUGCUAUUAACAUUCUAACGGAGAUGAAAGAGAAGGAUGUUCCUAUCUCAUACAGAACAGUUGCAUCUUUUUUCCGCAUCCUUAAUGCCGCUGCCUUGCGAGGUGAAGUUGAAACAGUGAAUCGAUUACAUGAGGCCAUUGUGAACCUGGGGCUGGCUGAGACUGCUGCCCUUCAUUCCCCUCUGAUUACAGUUCACCUUGAAAAGGAUGACAUGCCUGCGGCUCUGGAAGCUUUAAUCGACUGUUAUAAGAAGUAUGGUAAAGUUCUUCAGCUCCAUAACGUCUACUGUAGACUCAUAGAAAAAGGAGACUCUGAUCUUCUGCAGAAGGUUACAGAUUUUAUAAGCAGAGAAUAUGGUGACAUGAUGGCUCUUUAUGACCUCUUCUUCGCCUUCUUGCAAACAGGAAAAUACAAAGAGGCCAGGAAGGUUAUUGAGACUCCUGGCUUGAGAGCCCACUCUGGAAGGUUGCAGUGGUUUAUAAGGAAGUGUAUAUCAAAUAAUCAGAUGGAGGCAUUGGAACAGUUAGUAGAAUUAACGCAAAAUCUGUUUGAAUGUGAUAGAAAUGAGAUGUACUGCUCCUUGCUUCAACUUUGUGAUAACAACAAUGACUGGAGAAAGGCUGAAGCUGUUUGGACAAAAAUUCAAGAAGAAAAUCUAGUUCCUCGUGCAAAAACACUAACCUUACUGGCUCAAAUACUUGAAAAAAAUGGUCAGGUUGUUCCAUUUGAGGUACCUAAGGUUGGACAUGAAGAUACCGAUAGUUCAACUGUUUCUAGUGAAGAAGAAAGAAAAAUAAGGAUGCUUUGCAGGAAAAACAAUGCAAAAGAGGCCUACAGUAUUUUCCUGAAAAUGCAGAAGAAUGAACUUCAUCAUCAUUCUUACUCUACCCUUAUAAAAGCAUUGUUAGCACAGGAUUAUCUUCAAGAAGCCAUCAGAGUGAAACGCAUUGCUGAGACCCACAUCAAGGGCUUCACACUGAACAGUGCUGCCAGCAGCCUCCUCAUCAUAUCGCAAGUUAGGCGGGAUUAUUUGAAAGAUGCCAUGGCUGUUUUAAAAGGAACACUUGACAGUGGCUCCUUGCCUAGUAGAUCAGCAGUUAUGGAUCUCAUUCAGUCUCUGGCAGAAAAAGGAGAUCUAAAGAACCUGCAAGCACUUCAAGACAUGCUGGAACACAGCACAAAAGCAGUUGGUAUACCUGCCUCACUAAUAGCUAAUGCUAUUGCAUUGGCUCAUACUAAAAAGAAUAGCCUUGAUGCUGCCAUGGAAUACCUUGAGCCUCUGCUUAUCUCUGGUGCACAGAAUCCUGAUCGAGGUGUCCAAAGUAUUUCCUAUUUGUUAAGAAGGGUGUCUGAGGAAGGACUAGAGCCAGCUUUGGAAAAGUUUGGUGGGAUGGCAGAACGACUGGCCAGUCAGCAUGGAAUUUACAGACCUGUCACAGAUCUUUUCCUUCAAUAUGUCAGUGCAAACAGAGUGGAAGAUGCCAGAUCACUGAUACAGAGGUGCGGUGCGUUAGUUGAGGAGAAGAGAGCUUUGAUUAAUUUUAUGGCUAGAUCGGCAUCUAGGCCUGGACAGGCAAAGAUGAUCGAGACCCUUCUGGAACUGAUUCCUAAGCAUCUAGAUCAAGAAAUUGCAUACUGUUACCUCAUGAAAUGUUACGAAUUGGAUGGGGAUGUUGCUUCUGUGAAAGCUCUGUAUGAGAAAACAAAAGAGAAGAAUAUAAAGCUGCACGAGCUAUCUCUGAAAUCUAUAGCAGCUUUUCUGAAGAAAGCAGGAGAGCCUGUCCCUUUCACUGAGCCCCCUGAGACAUUCAAGGUCUAUGUGGAAAAAUGGAAGAAAAGAAGAUUGGAAGCAUUAUGAGCAAACAGUCUCUUCUGCUUUAGUUGUUUAUGAAAUUGGUUAAAUAUUACAUUCAAUAAAAAAAUGUAAAAAGCA